AUGGUGUUCAAGUCGAAUUUCCGCUGGUUCCACGUUUUGGAUGAUUUACAUGACAGAUAUGGAGACUAUGUCCGAGUCGGUCCCCGAGAGCUAUCGAUAUCUGAUCCAGAUGCCAUCACUCCUGUGCUUGGUCUGUCCUCAAAGACCACCAAGGGGCCCUUUUACGGGUCCUUGGAGCAAACUGUGCACACGACACGGGACAGACGCUUUCAUCGUCAGAGACGUAGGGUUUGGGAUAACGGCUUCAAGGAAUCUCUUGCUCUCUUCGGCCCGCGCAUCGAAGGUUUUACCGACAGUCUUCUCAACCGGAUCGAGGAAAACACAGCACAAGCUGUCGCCAUCAAUGAGAUCUGCGAACAUUACAGCUAUGACGUGAUGAGUGCCUUGGCCUUUGGCAAAACCACUGGCUUUACAGAGGGGAAAUCAACCGACACGGCGAAGAAAGUUAUAGUCGGAAUCCGCAAGGGCGUGGAAGGAAUGAGCCUCCUGCUUCAUGUGCCAUGGAUCUUGAGCAUGCUCAAACGCUGCUCCCGCGUUCCAAGCCCCAUGAAGUUUUUCAACGACUGGUCUGCAGAGCAGGUGGAGCUUCGAAGAAGAAUUGCGAACCCCGAGCCUGACCUCAUGGGCCAUCUCAUGAAAAACACGCCAAACGACAGGCAGGGCAAGAUCCUCUUGGAUGCAGAGGCGCGCCUGAUCAUCGGUGCUGGAAGCGACACGACCGGCGCGGCCCUCAGCCUCAUAUUCAUCUACCUCGCCAUGCACCCGUCCGCCUUGGAUGACAUUCGCAAGGAGAUGGACGCCGUCUUCGCGGCCUCGCAGUACUCCUGCCUCCGCCGCCAGCCCGUCCUCGACUCGGUCCUCAACGAGGUCCUCCGCCUGCACCCUCCCGUCCUCUUCGGCGCCCAGCGCGUCACGCCGCCCGAAGGCCUCCAGAUCGGCGCCGUCUUCGUCCCCGGAAACGCCGUCGUCUCCAUCCCGCCGUACCGGCUCGCGCGCGACCCGCGGAACUACGCCUUCCCCGACAGCUUCAUCCCCGAGCGCUGGACGUCGAGGCCCGAGUUGGUUCGCAACAGGGCCGCGUUCAUCCCCUUUUCUACUAGGCCAUACAACUGCGCGGGGAAGAACCUGGCGAUGACGGAGUUGCGUUCGGUAGUGGCGAGGGUGACGGGGGAUUAUGACGUCGGCUUCCCCGUCGAGGAUAAGUUUGAUGAGGAGGCUUUCUUUGAGCGCAUGACGGAUCAUUUUACCAUUGGCGUGCCGAGGCAGAAUCUUAUAUUCUCUGGGCCCGUGUCCGAAAGUGUUCCCACAAGCACCGUUGCGGUGAAUCUGAAGGAUGUGAAGAGGCUGGAGUUCUUGCAGCCUUCAACUGAUGCCGACUUGGCGGAUCCCCAAGUAUACGGAAACUUUCGUGACUAUUGA